CACUACACCUCCUCCCCCUCGACGCAGCUUCAAUGGCGGACCGCUCCGUGUAUAACUUCUUCAGCCAGAGCCAACCUUCUGCGGUCAAACCCAAGAAGCAUGCAGCAGCUCCAUCCACCACCUCAUCUCCGCGACGUUUUCCUUGCUCCUACUGUCCCCGGGAGUUUGACACCUCUCAAGCUCUCGCCGGCCAUCAGAAUGCUCACAAGCCCGAGCGAGGCGCUACUCGGCAGGAGGCCAAACCCACCCAGCAUGCAGCCGGUCCGUCCACCAACUCAUCUCCGCGACGUUUUCGUUGCCACUACUGUCCCCGGGAGUUUGCCACCUCUCCAGCUCUCGCCGGCUAUCAGAAUGCUCACAAGCGCGAGCAAGCCGCUGCUGCUCGGCCAAACUUUCCGGUCGCCGACCAGCAGCAGCACCUUCCUUCGAGCCCAGUCCCUCGGAGCUUUCUGGGCGUUUCGACUGCUUAUGCUCUCUCCACUACCACUGAUGUGGAUGAUUCUGCCAAUAUGGACCUCACUCUCCGCCUGUGAAGGGCUUCAGACUGAAUGGUGAUGAAGGUUUUAUUAAUAAAAUGGGUUUUGAAGUUUGAUGAUGAGAGUUGGUUGGCAUUAUUCCUUCAUUCUUGUUCUUCCCAGCACGAGAGUGGUCUGCUACUAGGGAGAAGUCUUUUAUGUUUGAUUAAUGUGUGUGUAAUGUUUUAUGUAUGUAGGAGUAUACUCCAUUAAUUAAAUAAAGAAUAUUUAUU